AUAUUUUUGAUUCUCGAUUACGCAAACAAUUUUUGUUAAAAAUAAUGGAAAUCAAUAAAACAACGAUUGGAAUCGCGGCUGGUGUUGCUGGUACAUUAUUUUUGGGAUACUGCAUUUAUUUUGAUAAGAAAAGACGUAGUGAUCCUGAGUACAAAAAGAAAGUGCGAGAACGAAGACGUCGCCAAAAGAAAGCUGGAGCAAAGAAUGAUUUACCAAAUUUCCAUGACCAAGAAGCAAUUGAAAGAUACUUCCUUCAAGAAAUUCAAUUGGGUGAGACUUUAAUUGCAACCGGUGAUUUUGAAAAAGGUGUUGAACAUUUGGCAAACGCAAUUGUUGUUUGCGGUCAACCAACAAAAUUAUUACAAAUUUUGCAAAAAUCACUGCCAGCUCAAGUGUUUGCAAUGUUAAUUCAAAAAAUGCAAGAAUUAGGAAGUCGAACUGCAGCAUCUGAAGAUAAGGGACCUAGAAUUGUUGCUGCAAGUAGUUCAUCCAAAUCAGUUGAUCCAGCUGCUGCAGCUAUGAUGGCUGGUCUUGGUGGUGACAUUGUUAUUGGUGUUCCACCAGGAGCCAGUCUUGAUGACUUGGAAUAGAUUUUAAAUUCAUCCCAAAAAUAAACCAAACUAGCAAAAAAUUGAAAUGGAAACUUAUAAGUAGUUUCAUUUCAAAUCAAAAUUAAAAAAAAAAAAAUCAUUCUAAAGUUAGUUUAUCACCUUCGUUUUUCUUUUUUAUUUAAAUAUUUCUUUCAAAAAAAAUUUAUAUUUAAAUUGGAACAAAAAAAAAAUAAAUUUACAUAUUAAGAAUAUAGAUAUACAAAAUACGUAUACUGAACACUACAAACUUAAUUUUUAAUGCAAAAAAAUGUAUGGAAAAAUAAAAUUAAAAUUUGAAAUUGAUUAUUUUCUAAAGAAAAUAUUAUUAAAUUUGAAAAAAUUUCUCGAGUUAUAAAUUUACUUGAUAAAAAAGGAAAAUAUGUACAUUUUAUGUACAGCAAAUCAGUUUUAACUACAGUUGACAAAAUAAAUUUUUGUUAAGUCUUACAAGAACUAGGAAGCUAAUAUAAUUCAAUAAAUUAAAAAUUUUUGAACAAUUUUUUAUUUUUACUUUUUGUUUUGUUUUUAUAAUAAUAAGAAAGAAACCCAUUAAUUUCUUAAUCUUCUCAUUUUUUUCUCGAAUAAAAUCUUGCAAAAUGGGCAAAUUUGUCUUGAAUUUAUAAAUCAUAUGAAUACCAAAAAAAAAAAAACACAUAAUAUACAAGCGAACUAUAAAAUAUAAGCUAAACAUCACUUAUAAUAAGUAUGAAUGAAUAAUUUCAAAUUAUCGCAAUUAUUUGCAGCGAAAAAAAUACGCUUUUUAAAAAAAAAUCAUAUCAUUUCGCUGAAAAACAACAUUGUAAUACAAAAUUUGUAUAAUUAUAUAUUGCAACAAUAAGGAAUAAUCCUUAUAUUGAAAUAUGAUAUGCAUUGAAAUUCAAUUGUAUUUUUCCCUAAACGUUUUCAUAAAAUGUUUACAACAAAAUUUUUUAUAAAAUUUUAAUUUGUGACCAUUCAAUUUUUCAUCUUAUUUGUGAAAUACAUAAUAUAUUGAUGAGUUUUCGAAUACUAUCAUAACAAUUAACUUAAAAUUUUCAAAUUAUUGUACAAAUAAGGGAAAAAUUUCAGUUUGAAUUCAUUUUCUUUAACAUCAACAAUAAAAAAUCAAGAUUUGAAUAAUUGUAGUUGUUACGUUCUAAAAUAAAUUUAUUAAGAAACCAUAUUUUUAAAGUAUGUAAUUACUUUUCUUUAGAUAAAAAAAAAAAAAAAACUUUUAAAUACGGAUGGAAAUUCAAGUUUUGCUUCAAGAGCCUUUAUUUGCAUGCUAAAAGUAAUUUUAAGCUUGGCUUGAAUUUGAGAGUAAAGAAAUUAACGAAAGAGUUAUGCAUGCCUUCUUUAUGGUUUCGAUUUGUUUAAUUUAUUGAAUUUAUGUAAUUAUAUAAUCCGUAAGUUCAUAAUUAACAAAUCAGCUUGAAACAAAUCUAGAAUUUUCACGGAAAUUAAGAAAAAAAAAAAACAAAAUGUUAAAAUAAGUAAUUUAAUUAAAUGUUACUUAGUUUUAAGGAAAAAUUUGUGAAAUCACUCUUUGAAUUCCGAUUUAAUUUUAUUCUUUUCAAUCAUAACUAAAAUUUUGAAUCACUAUUUUAUUUUAUUAUCAAAUUUUCGCUUUCAUAUUGAAUUUUUUUCCUUUUUUUUCAAAUUUUACAUUCUUAACGAAAUGUACAAAAUUAAAAAUUUUUAAAUAAUUAUAGUAUAAAAGUUACUGAACAACUACUAUCUAAUCUGCUAAUUCAAAACUCAUAUAAUAAUGGUGAAAUAUAAAUUGUUUGAAUAUUUCAAAAAAUUCAUUCCUUCACUUCAUGGUUUAUUACAUUACAUUAAAACUUAUAUUUCUAAUAUUUAAUCUCCAUCCUUCUCUAAUAAUAUUUAUCUAUUAGCUGACGAAAAUUAUAAAAUAAAAAUUUAAUCUGAAAAAUUUAAUCUUUUAAAUUCUCUAGCAUAAAAUAAAUUUUUUUACAUCUUUAAAUAAUAUUUUUAUUUUAAAUGGUCUGUAAUUAAAUUAUUGACUUCUGUUGUGAAAAUUUAUCAAUUUGUAAAUGUUUUAAUUGUUUAUAUUAUAAUUA